AUGGCUUUCCAGGAGGAUGGGAACCACACUGCAGUGACAGAAUUCAUUUUAUUGGGAUUAACUGAUGACCCAGUCCUUAGACUCGUCCUCUUCACCAUCAUCCUGUGCAUCUACUUGGUGACCAUGUCCAGGAACCUCAGCACCAUCCUUCUCAUCAGAGUCUCUUCCCAGCUCCAUCACCCCAUGUACUUUUUUCUCAGCCACUUGGCUUUUGCUGACAUAGGCACCUCAUCUUCUGUCAUACCUGAUAUGCUUCUCUACUUCCUUGUGGAAAGAAACUCCAUGUCAUACCAUGGAUGUGGCAUCCAGCUCAGUUCAGCUGCUUUCUUUGGAGGGCUUGAAUGCUUCCUUUUGGCUGCCAUGGCUUAUGAUCGCUUUGUGGCAAUCUGCAACCCACUGCUUUAUUCCACCAAAAUGUCCACACAAGUCUAUGUCCGGUUGCUCCUAGUGGUUUACAUAGGUAGUUACCUUGACAGCUGUUCUUUUACCAUAUGUUUCUAUUCAUUAGUCUUCUGUGGACCCAAUGAAAUCAAUCACUUUUUCUGUGACUUGGCUCCGUUACUAAAAUUAUCAUGCUCUAAUGUCCGUAUCACUGCAGUGGUUCUCUCAUUUACAGUUGGAUUUGUAAUUGUAGUGACAGUGUUUGUCAUAGCUGUCUCCUACACCUAUAUCCUCAUCACCAUCCUGAAGAUGCGCUCCACUGAGGGCCGCCACAAGGCCUUCUCCACCUGCGCCUCCCACCUCACUGCAGUCACUCUGUACUAUGGAACUGUUACAUUCAUUUAUGUGAUGCCCAAGUCCAGCUACUCCACUGACCAGAACAAGGUGGUGUCUGUGUUCUACAUGGUCGUGGUCCCCAUGUUGAAUCCCCUCAUCUACAGCCUCAGGAACAAUGAGAUUAAGGGUGCUCUGAAGAGACAAAUUGAUAAGAAAGUAUUUCCUUAG